GCGCUCCACCCACAUGUUCGAACCGUUACAGUGGGCUAUAUACCAUGCCCCAUGCCACGAUGUGUUCACAGAUUUCACAUCAUAUCAUCAUGUCAGCCAUCCCAAGAGUAAUCACUUUUGGCUUCAAGGGCUACUGCCUAGAAGGUAAACGACGAACGGCGCAGUGCAAGAUUUGCAACGUGACGAUUUCUGACAGCCAGACCACGACCUCCAAUUUCGUUCGGCAUUUGAAGAUCCAUUCUGCCCAACACCUGAAGCCUUUAUGCAUCCCAUCUGUGGAUGGGUACCAUGAAUUGUGAAGAACCAAAUGUGGAGAGGGCUGUUCUCUCCUGGUCCAGAUUUGCUACAGCUGGACAGACUGCCCUCAAGGAGGCCCUGAAGGUCUUCAAUCCCAUUUCCCAGGACCUCUCAGAGACAGAGAAGCAAAUGGUAUCUUUUCUUCAGGCAUUAAAAGAUGAAGGGCGUAAACCAGUGGUGCUAAGAAGCAAAGAUGUAUAUGGAUAUAGGUCUUGCACGGCACGGUCCGUUACAACAGAGGUUGGCAGUAGGGUUCCAAGAGUACAAAAACCUUGUAAGAAACGAGGUCGAAAGACUCUGAUGAAGAAUAAGGAUGCCAGUUCCUCAGCUUUCGGUACAACCACCAAGGCCAUCUUACAAAACCAGCCCAAGAUUCUACUGAACAAUCUCUCAGUAGAUACUCUCAAGCAGACUGUUUCACCAAAACCAUCAGUGCCGAUUCCAAGUUCUGUUCAAGUGCAGCAGUGCCUGAAAUUAACAAACAUAAAGGGUGUUACUGGGGGCCAUACUGCAAGGUUGCAAAUUCACUUUGGUGUGGACUCACAAAGCAUGAUCAGUCCCAGUAUCCAGUGUCCACCAACACUCUCUGGGAUACCACAUUCUCCUUCAGAAAACAUCACUCAAACAUCAAGUGUAGUAGCUUUGGACAAUAAAAGAGUUUUGUCUUGUCCAGUUAAAGUGGAUGAUGCCCUCAUUGGAGAUUCUGCCCCAAUUGUUUAUCAAAACGGUAUUAGUCUGAAAGAAGGUAAAAAGGUCCAGAUAAUAUCGGGUAAGUCUGCUGUGAUGAGUAAUGUUUUGAACUGUGAGGACAGCGAUUCAAUGAGGAGGCUGAACUGCCAAGGUUUAGGUUGGUCCCAGCCAGCACUCCUCACAAAUGGCCAAGACAUGCCUAAACUGAAUGGAAAUAGUCUUCAGUGGAAAGUCAUCAAAGUGGAUGAGUCGGUCACUGAUGAGGAGGUGAGGAAAGAGGCUCAGAAAAUCUUGCGAGUCAAUUUGUCACCUGUGAUACAGAUUCAUCCACUUGUACACUCUGUAUAGACUAAAGAGAUCAAAAGUGACUUUUAUAUCCACAUAUACUAUUAGAAUUUCUUAUACUGGGAUGCUACUUGGAUCAAAACAUGAUUAUUUCAGUCUGAGUUGGGAGUCUUAUCUCAAAUUAUGCAUUUUUCAUAUGUAUGACCAACUUUGGUGAUCCAAAGAGGGAAAUGUUUGAUUUUCUGUUGCAUAAGUGUUUCUUUUACUCAUUGGAAUUUUGCCUUGAUUUUGAUAAAGUAAACUAAAAGAAAUGACCACAUUGUAUCACUAUGCAGUGUUCCUAUAUGUCCUUUCACUGCUUGCUUUUUUUUUUUUUUUUUUUUUUUGGAGCAGGCUCCCUGAGAAACAAGAAUUUACAAAAUUUAAGUGUCAGGUUUAAAGAGAUGAGAUGAUGCGUUGUUAUAAUUUGUUAGCUAUAUUUCAGUUUGCUAUUGUUUUUCGAAAUGCCUUGGCUAUGUUUGGUCAGUGCACAAGUCUGUAGGCAUAGACUGCAUUAAUAUUUUAAUGGUUCAUGGGGGGUAGGGUUAUGUUGAUUCCCUAGUUAGUUACAUGGAGUUCCUAGGUUGUCACAGGGAGUCUUGCUUGUUCAACACCAUUUGUAUGUUGAAGAUUGGUUCAAAUAACAGUGGCUUGAGUUGGAGGCACUUUUACCAAAAAAGAGGGGGGGGGAAUUAUUCGACACUGAAUAUUGAGUACAGAUUUGAUUUUUUUUUUUUUUUUUGUGGCCACAGAAUUGCUUAGUAUUUUUCCUCCUUCAACAGACCUGCUUUAAUUCAACAGCUAAUCAGAUGUAUUAGCGCACAGAAAAAUCUAAACUCAUCUGUAGUCUAGCUUUACAGGACUGAAGCUGCUCUGCAUUUUUUUUUUCAUGUUCUUGAUACAUGUCUAUAAUAAUGUGCAAGUUACUUAUUACUAAUUUGAAUCUUAAGUUAAUUACCACAACUCCUGGGACAUUAUUUCCCCUGAGACACCGAGCGGUUCUCCUCUUGCUUGUCAGCAUAGACCAUAAACAGCAAGUGUAGCUGCAGCUUGAGGGGAGAGUAUAGAUGUUGAGAGCAUCACUACAAACAUUCAGCCAAGAGAACUGGAAAUGGUGUAGGCCUAGUCAGGAUGUAGUAGUGCAUAAUAAUUGAAAAAAUCCUUACCCCCUAUACCAUUUAAUAGAUCAGGAGCACUGUUAAUCAGAGAGCAAAAGAAAUAGCCACUUUUUUUGUGACAUUUGUAUUUUAGUGUACAUUUCCCUCCAUUUUUAAAAAUGAGAACACUGGUAUUUUGGUGCUCAGUGAUUAUAAUGUUACCAUAGCCACUAGCAUUCUCACUUCCUAACAUUGAUGACACAGAACCUAAUUUAACUUUAAAAAGAACAUAUUGACAAAUCUUUCUGGUUCCCGUUUUAAUGUCUUGGCUAAUGACUGAUCUGGGUGAGAAUCGAGCUUAGCAUCUUCUCAGCCUUCAGUCAGCAGAAUUUGCAAUGGCGUUCCAUCCAGUUUAACAAAAUCCCUAAAUAUUUGGGCUUGAACAUCCCAGCAGUUCUGUUUCUCUGUACUUUUUUGUGUCCAUGUUGUCAUGUUGACGAACACCCCCCCCCCCCCCCCCCCCACACACACACACACACACCAAGAUUUCCCCAAAAAAAUACUGGCUAAAAUGUUCAUUUUGAGGUCGUAUAUACAUAUCUUUAUUUUUUUUCCUCUAAUGAUUCUCUAUAUACAUAGCUUGAGCUUAGAUAUGGAUGUAUUUUUUAAGACUAUUGCAGUGUAAAUGUCAGCAGAUGUUCAUGAUCUUUUGCAGAAUCUAACUGUAAACUCCUUAAAUACUGCAGUUUUUACAGAACACUUUACCUGUGUACACCAGUUGAACCAUUUCAGAUGAGCAUUCAACUGUUCCUCGUGACUUUGUUAUUGGAAUAAUCUUGUGUUGGGAGAAGGACGUUAUGCAGAAAGCCACAAAACACCUUUUAAAGCUAUUUCAGUCUGCAACAGAACCCAGUGCUGAGACAUCUAGAACAACUUCAUCUUUUAUUACUGACUAAUCUUUUUCAUUCAGUUGAAUCUGUGACCUUGAACUGUAAAAUGUCAGUGUUGUAUCUUUAGUUAAUAUUAAGAAGUUGUGAAUUAAAGUAUUUAAAAAUGA